UAUCGGCGAGAAUCUCCCGGGUCGAACUCUCUCUUCGGUGUUGUGGCGGUUUAUAUCUGAAUAACUAAAUUCAUGUAUUUUACAAAUAAUUUACUCUUCAAAAGGUUGUGACCCAUAUUCUUGUAAAUCACAUAUAGAUAUGUGAGUUUGGAGUGUUUUGUAGAUCUCCCCCCUCGAAGCAAUACAUCAAGACUUCAAGAUGUUUCAAACUGCAAGUUGUAUGUCGGCACCGGGAGCGCAGACCCUUCAUCUUGUAAAGAGAGCAGACACGGCUCAGCUGAGGCAGAUUUUCUCCAAGUAUGCUGGAGUAGACAAAGAUGGAGAAAAGUUCAUGAAUGCUGAGGAUUUUAUCCGCGGUUUCCUGGGAAUGCAACCAGAAAGAAACUACAAUCCUCACACUAUGAAGCUGCUUGCUGGCGUUGUGGACCAGACAAAAGACGGCCUGAUAUCCUUCAUAGAGUUCCAGGCCUUUGAGGCACUGUUAUGUUCUCCAGAUGCACUUCACAUGGUAGCCUUUCAGCUUUUCGACACCAACGGCUCGGGAUUUGUGUCGUUUGAGGAGUUCAAGAAGGUGAUCAGCGCCACCGAGGUAUACCAACAGAUCCCGUUCAACUUUGACUGUUCCUUUGUCACCAGGCAUUUUGGAAAAGAUAAGAAGAAAGAACUGUCCUACGCUGAAUUCACACAAUUUCUCUGGAGUUUACAAGAAGAGCAUGCUAGACAGGCCUUUGAUAGAUUCGACAAGGACCACCUUGGCGUCAUCAACGCGUUAGAGUUCCGCAAGAUCAUGACCACCAUCUCAUCUCAUCUCCUGACAGAAUACGUAGAAGGCAAUCUUGUUUCGGUUGCAGGUGGAGAGACCAAGCAUUUAGUGAGCUUCCCGUACUUCAACGCUUUUAACUCUCUACUCAGUCGGAUGGAUCUCAUCAAGAAGAUUCACUCUGAUAUCACAGACUCGGACCCCAUAGCAGCUGUCACAAAAGAGGAGUUCUUACACGUAGCUCAACAGUUCUCACAGGUCACACCCCUGGAGGUUUCCAUUCUGUUUCAUCUCUGCUGUAUGGACAGCUCCACAGGUCGUAUCACGAUGGCCGACCUUGAUAAAGUAGCUCCAAAGGGUGACCUCGUCGGUGAACUUCAAGUCCAGCAACCAAAACAGGAAGUCAAGAGGACUGUGAUCAUCCAGGCCAUGGAGUCUAUCUAUAGGUUUGCUCUUGGUGCUGUGGCUGGUGCUGUUGGAGCCACUGCUGUGUAUCCGAUCGAUCUGGUCAAGACCAGGAUGCAGAACCAGCGUGGAGGUUUGGUCGGCGAGUUGAUGUACGAGAAUAGCUUGGACUGUUUUACUAAAGUCAUCAGACACGAAGGCAUCAUGGGUCUCUAUAGAGGGUUACCCCCUCAGCUGGUGGGUGUGGCUCCAGAGAAGGCCAUCAAGCUCACCAUGAACGACUUUGUCCGAGAUCAUAUGAGGAAUAAAGACGGAAGUAUACCAUUUUGGGCUGAAUGUCUGGCAGGAGGCUGUGCUGGUGGAUCUCAAGUGAUGUUCACCAAUCCAUUAGAGAUUGUGAAGAUCCGGUUGCAGGUAGCUGGUGAGAUUCAGGCGGGACCCAGAGUCAGUGCCAUCACCGUCAUCAGAGAUUUGGGAUUCUUUGGUCUGUAUAAGGGUGCCAGAGCGUGUUUUCUUCGAGACAUCCCCUUCUCUGCCAUCUACUUCCCCGGCUACGCACAUCUUAAGAAAUUCUUUGCUGACAAGGAUGGACACAACAGCCCUCUCUCCUUGUUGACUGCUGCCACACUUGCUGGCCCUCCUGCCGCUUAUCUAGCCACACCAGCUGACGUCAUUAAGACCAGGCUACAGGUUGUUGCCAGGAAGGGACAGCAGACGUACUCCGGAGUCACUGACUGCAUCCGUAAGAUCUAUGCACAGGAAGGCUUUAGAGCGUUCUUCAAGGGUGGGCCAGCCCGUGUGUUUAGAUCGUCACCGCAAUUUGGCGUCACCCUUAUGACAUAUGAGAUCCUGCAGAGAAGUCUCUACAUCGACUUUGGAGGACAACGUCCAGAGGGUUCGACGCACAAGGCAAGCACCCAUGUAGCAGACCUGCCUCCUGUCAACCCCGAUCAUCUUGGAGGACUCCGGCUAGCCGUCGCCACCUUCUCUGGUGUCGAAACCAAGUUUGGCUUGUUCCUACCUAAAUUUAGAAACCCUGUCGCAGCCGCCGCGCAAAGCAGCUAGUGACGGAAUGUUUGUUUUUGAAGAAUUUAAAAGUAGGAGCGUGUAGAUAAUUGUGAGUACAAGGGAGGUAAGGAGGGGCUGGACAGUUCCUUGGUUGAACCAUUGAAUCGGAUAAGGAACAAAAGUGGUGUGACUUAAAUACUUUUAAGGCACUGGUUAGUUUUUUAUUUAGUUUUUUUCUGGGAAACCCAACAAGCAUUCUAUACACCAAUCCGGGCGCCCAAAUGUUGGGCACCGCGCGCCAUUUGCUGCGGUGUCUUCAGUGUCUAGAUUAUGCACAAAGACACCGCAGUUGUUAAUUUUGUUCAAUAGAUGGCACUACCAAUUUUGUUUCGUCGGAUUGGUCUAUGGGUUGUCUGUUAACCUAACUCAAACUACGAGUGUUCAAUUGCGUUUAAACCUAGGAUUUGACUGACCCUCAUUAAUCUUUGUGAAAAUUCUGUCUGUUAUUUUUUUGGUUUUUGUCUGUUUGAGAUAGCAUUAGCAUUUCAUUGUUGUCUCAACAGUGCAAACUUGCAGAGUAAGUUUGUAAAAAAAUAAUUGUCACAAGUGCAUUUUUAAUUUUAAUUUUUGUUUGCCAAGUUUCUGAUUGUGAUAAUAUUUCAGUGAAUAUUUAUCACCGAAAUUUGUAAUGAAUGAUACAUGUUGCCAACAUAAACAUUUGCUUGAAAAUCUAAUGUAUUAUAAAUUUGUCUAGGAGUAAGAAAUAUAAAGGAAAAAAUAUGGAUGCCCGUGCCGCACAAGCUUGACUACUGAGCUAGAGCAGUUGUCUUUGAUAGAGCAGUCAGCAGCUCUAUUGUAUUUGGUAAUGAUAAGGCUUGCUUUCAGAGAGGCUCAAAUCAUUCUCUUUUGAUGUGAAUUAUCUUUUAAAUCGGGAAACUUGUUGGUGCUUUGUGCAGCUGAGUAGAAUCUUGAAUGGUUGGUUUAAUCUCUUGUUUGAGAAGGAGAUAAGAGUGCGGUGUAAAAGACGAGUAUACUGUUUUACCCAUUGUGUUAAUUUACAGGAAGUGGAAUAGCGCCCUCGCUUGCUAUUCAGAAGGAUUACAUCAUCCACCUCUUGAUAAAUUUGAUGGUAGUAUCUGCAGAUUUGUUACUGUUGCAUGCAAUAAAGGCCAAUGCUUGCUAUUUGACAAGAUUUAUCCACACGUUACGUGGAAAAGUGUUAUUUAUUGCAAUUUGCAGGCGAGGCAAAUAUGUGUUCAGGUGAACUCCUUCUGCACUGGGACAUGUUGAAAUUGUUUCAAAAUGUUGUCGAAAGACUUCGGUAUUGCUAUGGCAAGGGAAUUCAACAAACUAUGUUGUGAACAAGUUGUGCCCAAAAUGUGCGAGCAUAAAUUCAGCAUUUGAUAUCUAUCCUGCAAGGUUGAAAAAAUUAUUGUAAUUUUGAAAAAAUUAUUGUAAUUUAUUUUUGCCAUUUUAAAUGGAGAGACAGUACUUUUUACAUUUUUUUUCACAAAUCAAUUAUUAAAUGACAGGGUGUUUUAUUAUAAAUGAAUAAUAAAUUCCAGCUCCUUUAAAAUCAAAUUUAAUAUGUUUUGGGGUGUGAAUAUAGAGAUAAAGAAGACGUUUCCAGAAGGAUUUACUCAAAAAUGUAUAGUAAUGAAGUUAGAGUCGAUUUAUCAUAUAUAAUCCACCUUUAUAGAAACGUGAGGCUUCUUAAAUAACCAAGAACAAUAGUUUAAAAAAGUGAAUGUUGUAUAAAUUGCAGUGACAGUGUGCACUUGGGAUACAGGCAAAUGCCUGUUUUAGAACCACUCAAAUAAUUGAAAGAAUAGCUGGAAGCAAAUAAGUUUUUUUUUGUGGCUGUUCGGACAGAAUCAUUUUGUAAGAUGCUUACUACUGUAACCAUCUCUAUAACAAGUUCAAAGACACUGGACACUAUUGGUAAUGGACCCUUCCCAUGAAAUAUGCUAAUUACAUUCACGCAUGCGAAUGUG